AUGCGCCAGUACUGCAAGACUACUCCGCUUCCCCUUCCGUUCCCCCUUACUACGACAAUGUCACAACGUCCACCAUCACGGCUCACGCUAUCGGCUUCGAACUUGUCUUUCACCACAUUGGCAACCAACCAAAGUUCUUCGCGGUCUAGACGUAGUAGCCGGGCGCCUAGUCCAACAAGAGUGACACCCAAAAAUAGGCAAAGGCGCUCGUGCCCUUCGAGUCCGAACGCUAGCUUUGUUUCGUUACAGACUCUCCAACCGCCUUUCACUCUCUCUCACCGACGUACUCGCCCGCGGUCCUCGACCCAAUCACAAGCGCCGAAUCACGUCACAAUACCGGCACCGAACGCAACUCCGGUUUGCUUCCGUUCGCGCUCAUCUUCACAUCCACAUCUUUCUGGCCCUGCCGUCUUUACUCCCGUAGACAGUCUCUACGGUGCUCCAGCCUGCAUUGUCACAUCACCCACUACAGACCCCAGUUCUCCUAACCUUCUGACGCCUUUCUUUCCAACUACGAGUACUGGGUAUCAACAAUUGCCUUCUCAACUAAUGGAAGACUCGGAUACGGAACAAGACCAGCUCAUGUUUGGGGGUCAACAGUUACAUCAUGCGUCUGGCCUGACUGGAUCUAUCGGCCGAAUGAGGCUGAAAACGAGGAGCAAAGAUAGGCUCAAGGGAUUACGGACCGACGUGACGGAGACCGAAACGGAGCGUGAAGGCCCUGUUAGAGUCUUGCCAACUGCAAGAGGGCCAGCACAUCACCCACCUUCUACAACACCCCUUGCGUCGCAGUUGAUCCCAUUCGUGCUUCUGCUAUGUCGAUUGUUGGCUGUUGUUCCGGCUACCAUUGGUACAAUACUCCACAUCCACAAUGCAGUACAUCCUCCACAAGAUUCAAGUCAUACUCGAAUCGAUUUUGCUGUUGCGGGAUGUUGGAGCAUCUUGACAGGAUUUCAAUGCUGGUUCCUUACCAGCGGUCUCCUCGUGCGCUGGCGUGCUUAUUACCCACUUCUAUCUACUCUCGUUCGCCUCCUCGCACUCCAAGCCAUUUGUUGGCCAGCAACCCAUAUCACAUUGUCCGUGCUUGACGUUUCUCGGCGUCCAACAGUCUGUUGGGCGGUAGUCGGAACGACGACCUGCAUCUCACGCGCAAUUCAGUUAUGGGCAACGAGUAAUCUGGGGCCUGUAGAGAGGGGUCAGCGAGUUAUCUAUGGACGAAAGUGGGACUGGGGCGAGGUUGCGCUCAAGAGCGGGCUCCCGUGCGCGAUGGUCUACGUGUUGAUGGCAUGGGGAUCUGUAUUAAAUCGUGAACUAGGUUUGACCACGUGUUGA